AUGAGGACGGCGCAUCUGCAGCGCAUUAUCAGGGAAGAUACAAUUUUCUGUCGAUUAUUCCUUCGACUUAGUCAAGCAAAGAGGAUUGAUGCGUCGUUAGCCAUCGAUAAGCUUCUGGCUGAUAUAUCCAGGUUUGGUGAUGUCUUGUAUGAGAAGCCGAAUGAGAAGUUCAUAAAACCAACUGCACUCCCGUUGAAGCUUGAUUUGGCUAUAUGUUCUCCGGACAAAGUCAAACUUGCUAAGCUCAUUACAAAUAUUCGUGGUUACGUGGUCGAUCCGGAAACAGGACCUGAUUAUUCAAAAUUAACCACCCCUAUAUCUUCAGAGGAGAAACCAGAUUUGAAGAAAACGCUAGAUAUCUUAUAUUCAAAUACUGGAAGAAGAUAUCCCAACCAAUUGUUGAGUAUACCCAAUGAGCCAUUUGUAUUUUUGAAUAAUCCGGUAAAGUACUACCGAACGUUAUCUGGCAAAGUUAAAGACAUCCACAGGCGCGACUUAUUCAAGUGGUUAUUUUUGGAGGAUACAGAGAGAUUUAAAACUCCUGAAGGCAAUUUUACGGGGGAACUUUCCUAUAGUAAAAGGUUUAUUGAAUUUCCAUCGAAUAAACCUACAAUUCAAAUUAUCCCAUGUUUAUUCCAAAAUCUUACGGAGCUACCAAACGAAAUGAAUCAUUGGCUUAGAUUACCUGAUAAAGAGUUCAAGGAGUCUACAAAAAGUAGGAUAUCAACCCUUUUCCAUGGAUUUUCAGGCCUAUAA